CUUCCCCGCCCCGGCCCGGGACCCCGCCCCGGCCCGGCCCGCUCCUGCCGUAGACCCCGCCCCAGCCCCGGCCCGGGACCCCGCCCCCGGGACCCCGCCCCGACCCGGCCCCGCCUUUUUCUCUGCCUCCCCUCCCUGCACGUACGGGCCCCGCCCCUCGCGCGACGUGUUUUGUUGACCGGGAAACGGGUUCUCCGGAGCCAAGGUCCGCUCGGGCCCUACGUCUCCGCAAACCCCACGCUUCGGGGUGACCGCCUCAGACAGGACCCUGAGCCCGAGACUGGGGUAGGGGACCUGCCCGAUCCUGUAACAACCCUCGUGCUUCUGCACAGUCGCCUCCCACUAGCGGUGAGUGUUGGGUGUUUACCUUCCAGGUGUCCCACUGGGAAGUGGGCUCUUCCUUGGCGGGGGCUUCUUCAUUGCCUCGCUGUGGAUGUCGAGGUGGGGCAGGAGAGUGAGGAGAAAGCGGAGAGGAGGGAGGUAGAGCCAACGAGCGAGAAAAGGGGAGGGAAGUUUAGAUGGGAAGUGGAUGGGUCUGAGGAAUUUGAACAAACACUGACAAUGAAGGAGAGUGACCUGAGCAAGUAGUAGUGGGGUAAAUGGAAAUAGACAAAAUGGGAAUCAGCAGAGAUAUGGAGGACAGAAUACAAUGAGGAGGCCUUGACCGUCAGUAGCAGAGAGGGCAACAGAAGCCUAAUUCCCAAAUUCCUUAGAUGGUUUUCUGAUUUCCAAAUUAGUUUCCCUUUUAAAUUUGUUGUGUCAGGUUCAGCUUAUGAGGCCUCAAUACUUUUCAGUCUUAAUUGUAUAUUGAAAAUACUUUUUGUUUACUAAAUACUUUUUACAUUAAUUCAGUGUGCUCUUUGUAAGGAUAUUGAUGAUGUGAGUUAGUUUAGUAUUCAACAGCUUCCUCUAUUCCUUUAUAUGAUCUCUGUAUUUAAUGGCUGUGGCAUAAAGUUUCCAACUAAGUAUAAGUAUCAAGUUUUCUUUGUGCUAUUUUCUGCAAAUAUUGAAGGAUGACCUGGAUUGUCCUAGAACUUUGUUCCAACAGAUUACAUGUGUUCAUAAUCAAUAAAUUGCUCAAAGAUAUUUCCAAAGCUCACCUUUUAUGUUUUUCAGUUCCAAUAAUUACAUCUUUUUAAGGUUUAUAUUUUUUGAUGACUUAAUGUGAUGUUCUGGAGAAGACAAAUGCUUUUAAUCAAUAUGAUUGAAACCGUGAAAGACAAAUCGCUGUUACUUAAGAGUGUGACAUAUGAUCUGAAAUCUUUAGGGGGCAGGGAUGUUAAGGGAAAACUGCUGCUAUCGUAUCACGGUCAUGCCGUUCCUGUGAAGCUGGUGCUGGUUACUCUCUACUGGCUUCUGUUCACCUUUCCACCAGCCCCAAGACACACACAUACUGACACAAGGCAGUGGACAGGGAAAGAGCAAGACUUUAUAAAGUAAGCACAGAACAAAGGUAUCUUUCUAAUGAGGAGGAGGUGUUGGUUCUGGGAAGGAAGCUUGGGAUUUGGGUAUUCAGGAUCCAGAAGUGAGAGAGCCUGGGAAGUUCAGGAACCAGAGAAAGAAAAAGACUUGCCCAUUCUCACCCAUGACCCUGUGCUCAGCAGGUACUAGCAGAGACUUCAGGCUCCGUGACUAAAAGGCGUCAGACCAGUUGAUAUACCCACAGCUGCCAUGUAAGUAUGUGUGUGGACUUCACUAGGGAAGAACGGUGUUAUGAAAGAAGGGGCAGAAAAACUCACCUGUUGGUCUCCAUGUAGACGUUUAUUGUCCUGAAUUCCUGGAGGUUCAGUGAAAAGCAGAAGAUUGUCUUUUACACAUGUUGAGUUAUGCCCCCAUAUAUGUGGUUGUGGUAAAGAAAGAGGAUGUGUUGAUGAGAGGUCCUGAAAUGCAUUUUCCUAAUACUCAGCAGGGGCUUCUCAAGAAGGAUCUUCCCUAAGAAAGAAGCUCAGAGAACAAAAAAGGAAAAGGAUUAGAUAUGGCACUUUUGCUGGAAAAAGUCAUGUUAUUCAUUGAUUGUUUUGUCAUCUCCCUCAAGUGUUGUUUUUAGGAUGUGGUAAUCUCUGACCCUGCCUAACACAUUUCCCAACUCACCCAUAGCCUUCCCUUAAUGUCCUCCCAUCUUCACACUAUCACACUGUGACCCAGUGAAUUCGAACUUGUGAAGUUCCAUUCGGGGGAUCAUAUGGGAAGGGCUUCACACCCAGACGUAGAUUAUAGAUGGGAAGUGGGCCACAUGGUGUCAGUGAGGCAAGUAUGGAUCGUUUAGGGACAAUGCACUGUCAGAUCUUUGUUGACCAUGAUUAGAGAAACUGUGCAUAUUAGUAGUGAAUUAAUGUCAGGAAUACCUGACAAAUCCUGGAAAAGAAGACUGAUGAGAGGAAAUGUGUUCUGCCCAAUUGUAUAAUGCAUUUGAAGCUUAAAACAAUGAAUCAGUAUUGAUCUGGUCACAAAAUAUUAAUGAUUUGAAUUAAAAAGAAAA